AUGGCCAAGUCCAAGAACCACACUUGUACAACCAGUCUCGAAAAUGGCAGAAACGGCAUCAAGAAACCCGAAUCACAAAGACACAAAUCUCUUAAGGGGGUAGAUCUCAAGUUUCUGAGGAACAUGAACAACAAAAAAGGGCCUGGAGAAGAUACAGACCAAAGCCACGAGUACACAUGCCAAGCUAUUAAGGCCCUGAUGAAACCCAAGGAGGUCAAGCUCAAGAUCCCAAAGGGUGGCACCUGCAAGCUUAAUCGACUUAUCUACAUUGUUCACCCAAAGCUUGGGAAAUGUGCUCAUGCCCACAUUGCCAAGGGUCUCAGGCUCUGCUGGCAUUAA